AUGGCUCUGGAGUCCACAUUUGCAACCAAAGCCACUUCUCAGGUUCAGACCAGGUGUUCUCUGAUGGGGUUCGACCUGAACCGCCACUGGCUGGAUCCCUCUCCGUGGGCCCACCCCACCCUGCAUGGGGUGAAACAGCUCAUCAUUCAGAUGUACAACGACCCCAAAACAAGCCUGGAGUUUUAUAUUGAUAUCCACGCCCACUCCACCAUGAUGAAUGGUUUCAUGUAUGGCAACAUCUUUGAGGAUGAAGAGCGGUUCCAGAGGCAGGCGGUUUUCCCCAAGCUCCUCUGCCAGAACGCCGAGGACUUCUCCUACUCUAGCACGUCCUUCAACCGGGAUGCCGUGAAGGCAGGAACUGGCCGUCGCUUCCUCGGUGGGCUGCUGGACCACACUUCUUAUUGCUACACCCUCGAGGUUUCCUUCUACAGCUACAUCAUCGGCGGCACCACAGCUGCUGUGCCCUACACGGAAGAAGCCUACAUGAAGCUGGGGCGGAAUGUGGCGAGAACAUUUUUGGAUUAUUAUCGGCUGAACCCCAUGGUCGAGAAAGUGGCGAUCCCCAUGCCAAGGCUGCGGAAAGGAAAACCCCCUUCCUACAAGCACUCACUCCUGCGGGGCCCGGCCAGCAACCACCCCAACGGCAAAGGGGACAAGAAGAGCUCAGUGAACCACAAAGACCCUUCAAACUCUUUUUAAGGAUGUGGAAUCCAGGGAGGUCUUGUGGUGGCAAGAGCAUGCAUUUUCUGCUGGGCCAUGAAAUUAAUCACCCUUUUCUAGUUUCCAAGAUAAUGACUGUGAGAACAUGUAUAAGCUGGUGAAAGGGA